AUGAAUGGUGCUUAUUCAGACAUAAUUCGAUCCCGAAGGCAUAAAGAUUCUGUGACAGUAUCGCAUCAUUAUCGCAUCGAUAUAUUUACUACUGUUAUAGAUUAUCAGUUAAAAGAAUUAAAUAGCAGGUUCAGUGAGCAAGCAACAAAACUUCUUAUCAUGAGUACAACUUUAGAUCCUAAGGAUGCAUUCAAGUCAUUUGAUGCUAGGGACAUUUGUAAUCUUGUUGAGAAAUUUUAUUCAUCAUAUUUUUCUGAGCAAGAAAAGAUUCAAUUGGAAUAUGAAUUGCUACAUUAUGAACUUGAUGUGCACAAAGAUCCAAAUUUUCAGAACUUGUCUACUAUUGGUGAAUUAUGUCAAAAGUUUGCAGAGAAAGGAAAGUCUAGUUUUUAUCCUUUGAUUGACAGAUUAUUACGGCUUGUCUUGACUCUUCCGGUAUCAACAACAACCACAGAACGAGCUUUUUCAGCUAUGAAAAUUAUUAAAACAAGGCUUCGCAACAAGAUGGAAGAUGGUUUUCUCACUGAUUAUAUGAUUGUUUAUAUCGAGAAGGAGAUUGCUGAAAAAUUUACCACUGAUAUAAUAAUUGAUGAUUUUUAUGCAAUGAAACAUCGACGAGCACAACUUAAGAAAUGA